GGAUAUUAAGGCGCUACGUUACCAAGUUGGUUAUUGAGACACCAUCAAUGCUGCAAAACACCUUGCAUCACUCAUACAAACAGGCCCAGACGAAACUGGGAGAUAAAGUGAGAGCAGAACGCCUUACCCUCCUCGCUGCACUACACUCAAUCCUCCUUCACCGACAGCACUACAGGAACUGGGCUCAGGCACACUCCUAUAACUGGACACAGGCAGAUUUAUUUGCUGCCCUUCAAACUCAGGUGAAACUACAAACAACCUGGGACGACUCAGGCUCUCUGCUCGAACUUCUCAUCGGUGUGACUGCAUAUAGUGGUCACCUGUUAGACAGAGGGGAUCAGACAGCACUGGACAGCAUUAUUAACCACUGCCUGAGGAGUUCCAAGGGCCAGUCCAGCAAGGGAAUUCGUAGCCUCAUUACAUUACUUGUUGGCACCAAAG